AUGGACGACUCGCCGCUAGGCAACGGGCCCCUAAACCGCGGACCCCUGGGCGUUCCCCUGCUGGGCGGGCUGGACACGCCGUCGUCUUCGUCAUCAUCCUCGUCAUCUUCGUCGUCGUCGUCGGGAGAUUCGGAUAGCUCCGGUGGAUCGUCAUCGGGAUCAUCCACCUCGUCUCCGCCAUCAUCGCCGCCUCCAUCUAGCUCAGACUCGUCCACACAGUCGUCCCCACCGCCGCAGUCAUCCGGCUCUGCGCCGUCGCCGCCCUCGACACCGCAGGCUCCACCUGCGGAUGCCGGCGGGUCGCCCCCGCAGCAAGUCUCUCCGCCGGGAUCAAAUGCCCUUCCGUCUCCGCAGGCUCCGAAGCGCGGCGGCGGCGGCGGCGCGUCGGAGAGUGGGAGUUCCAAGGGCGGGGGCGGUUCGGGCGGCCGUGGCAAGAGCGGAAGCAGCCAGGACGACACGCCGAACGUGGCGGCCGUCGUCGUCGGCGUGGUGAUCGGCGUCACGGCCUUCGCCCUGCUGCUGUGCAUCGCGGCGUGCGUGUGCUGCGCCCGGAGGAAGAAGAAGCGGCAGCCGCACAUCCCCUUCUACACCGACCAGCACGGGAACGUGUUCUACGCGAACAACAUGCCGCCGUGGCAGCAGAGCGGCGGCCCGAUGCCGAUGGACGGGCACGGCGGCGGCGGCGGCGGGGGGUGGCAGCAGCAGCACCAGCAGUACUCGCCGGGGCAGGGGCCGCUGAGCGAGGAGAUGAUGGUGAGCGGGUCGCACGGGACGGGGCCGAUGCCGCCGCCGUCCCCGGCCUUGUCGUUGGGGUUCGGGUCGCAGAGCUCGUUCACGUACGAGGAGCUGGGGGCGGCGACGGGCGGGUUCUCCAAGGCGAACCUGCUGGGGCAGGGCGGGUUCGGGUACGUGUACAAGGGCGUGCUGCCGGGGAGCGGCAAGGAGGUGGCGGUGAAGCAGCUCAAGGCCGGCAGCGGGCAGGGCGAGCGCGAGUUCCAGGCGGAGGUGGAGAUCAUCAGCCGCGUCCACCACCGCCACCUCGUCUCCCUCGUCGGAUACUGCAUCGCCGGAUCGUCGCAGCGCCUCCUCGUCUACGAGUUCGUGCCCAACGACACCCUCGAGCGACACCUCCACGGCAAGGACGUGCCGGUGAUGGACUGGCCGACGAGGCUCGCUAUCGCGCUCGGCUCCGCCAAGGGCCUUGCUUACCUGCACGAAGAUUGUCAUCCAAGGAUCAUCCACCGUGACAUCAAGGCGGCUAACAUUCUCCUGGACGAAAAUUUCGAGGCCAAGGUCGCGGAUUUUGGGCUCGCCAAGUUAACCACCGAUAACAACACGCACGUCUCCACGCGCGUCAUGGGAACGUUUGGGUAUCUGGCCCCGGAGUACGCCUCGAGCGGCAAGCUCACGGACAAGUCGGACGUCUUCUCCUUCGGCGUCAUGAUGCUCGAGCUCAUCACCGGCCGGCGGCCCGUCGAUCCCAACAACUACAUGGAGGACAGCUUGGUCGAUUGGGCGAGGCCACUCUUGGCGAGCGCGCUAUCCCAAGGUGGCAGCUUCGACGAGGUGGUCGACCCGCGCCUGGAGAACAAGUAUGACCGGCAGGAGAUGGAGCGCAUGGCGGCCAGCGCCGCCGCCGCAGUUCGUCACUCCGCCAAGCGCCGCCCCAAGAUGAAACAGAUAGUUCGUGCUCUGGAGGGCGAGAUGUCGCUGGACGACCUGAACGAGGGGGUGAAGCCCGGGCAGAGCAUGAUCUACAGCUCCGACGAGUCCGGCAACUACGCGGCCAACAUCAACAGGCUGAGGCAGGUCGCGUUCGAGAGCAGCGGGGAGUACACCAACGAGUACAGUGGGACGGGUGAGUCGGGGGACGCAACACGGCGGCAUUAA